GCCGUUACAAUGCAGCAGAAAAAAUGCCGCUUCACAUGUAAUCCAUGUCCAGAUUCCCAGAACUUCAACGUUAAUUUCUCUGAGAAAGAAGAAACCUAAUUCAAAUUCCAACCCAGACAUGCAAAGUGUCACUGCUGAUAUUUCUCACUUCUCCUCCUAUAUAAAGACCAAACCAAACCCCCUCUUACACCAGACACCCAAACAAAAUCAAGCAAAAAGCAGAGAAAUUUCAAUACAAAACAUGACAAUCUUGAAAACCCAUUUCAGUUUUUUCUCUGUUCUUGCUCUGCUUGGGUUAAUUCUGAUACUCAGUGACUCUACUCUGGUCCAUGGCCAACAGUGCCAUGGUGACUUGCAGGGUCUAAUCUCACAAUGUGCUACCUAUGUUUUCAGAGCCGGGCCGAAAAGGGAUCCUUCGCAAGGUUGUUGCAAUGUAGUCAAGACUAUUGACAUAGGUUGUGCCUGCAAGUACAUUACAAGGGACAUUGAGCAGAUAAUUGACAUGGAGAAAGUUGUUCAUGUUGCAGAGUUCUGUGGCAUGUCUGUUAGUCAUGGAAUGAAAUGUGGAACUUAUACAGUCCCAUGAAGAGUUGGCUAAAGAACAAAGAUGAUCCCCUACAACGGCAGAAGAAUAAAUUGGAUUCUUAUCAUGGAAAUUUUAAUUUAAGUUGCAGUAUUAUGUAAUUGAAUGGGA